CUGUUAGUUAGGCGGAGUUAGUCAUAGUUCCUGCAAGAAUACGAGAUAAACGUAUAUAUUACUCAUCCAAAAUACGCAAACGAACAGAUAAAGAUAUUCCCGAUUUUUUCUGAAGAAACUGAGAAGAUUCAACGAGUGCUAAAAUGAGCUACAACUAUCAACAGGGCUCUGCGCCGUACCCUCAGCAAAAUUCUCCCUACCCCCCGCAACAAGGGGGAGCACCUUACCCCACGGUAACACCAUACAAUGUAGGUUUCUCCUCUAACGCACCCAUAAGCAUGCCCCAACCAAUGCCCAUGCCCGUUUAUUCCCCACCAAAUCCCGGUUAUCCCCCGGCUCCCGGUGGAUACCCACCCAGUGCUGGAGGCCCGGGAUAUCCGCCCAGCGCCCCUGGGGGUUAUCCCCCGAGUUCAGGAGGUUACCCUCCAAGUUCGGGAGGUUACCCGCCAUCAGGUUGUCCGGGGUACCCUCCACAGACUCCCCAGGGGAGCGGCCCUUACCCCAACGCGCCAGGUGCUCCUUCGAGUGGGGGGUAUGGAGGGGGACCCCAUGGACAGGGUGGAUGCUACUCGAGUCAGCAACCCUUUAGCUAUACCGCUCCUCCAGUACACGGCUCCCCCCAUCAUACAGCUCCAAAGCCAAAGAGGACACCAACUGUAGUCCCGGCCCAUCCAUUCGAUGCCAGGGCAGAUGCUGAAGUGUUGCGUAAAGCCAUGAAAGGUUUUGGUACAGAUGAGAAAGCCAUCAUUAAUGUCCUAUCCAGGAGAACCAACCAACAACGUUUAGAAAUCGCCGUCCAGUUUAAGACACUUUAUGGAAAAGACUUGAUAAAAGAUUUGAAGAGUGAACUGAGCGGCAACUUUGAGAAUCUCGUUGUUGCAUUGAUGACACCGUUACCCCAGUUCUAUGCCAAGGAACUUCACGAUGCCAUUGAUGGAGUUGGAACUGACGAAGAUGUUCUCAUUGAAACGUUGUGCACCAUGUCCAAUGAAGAGAUUAGGACUAUCCGUGCCGCUUACCAUUCAAUGUACCACAGAUCGCUUGAGAGUGACUUAAAGGGAGACACAGCUGGAACCUUCAAGAGAUUGAUGGUGUCACUUUGUAAUGCUGGAAGAGACGAAAGCUAUGCGGUAAACCCUCAACAGGCAACAGCUGAUGCUCAAGCAUUGCUAAGAGCUGGAGAACUUCGCCUUGGCACAGAUGAAUCUACUUUCAACAUGAUCCUUUGCCAGAGGAACUAUGCUCAACUCCAGUGCAUUUUCCAAGAAUACCAAAGACUGACCGGUCAUGACAUCGAAAAGGCUAUUAAGAGUGAAUUCUCGGGUGACGCCGAAGAAGGAUUGUUGGCUGUUGUGCGUUCCGUUAAAAAUCAAGCAGCCUUCUUUGCUAAGAGAUUGAACGCUAGCAUGAAGGGCUUGGGAACAAACGACAGACAACUUAUUAGACUUGUAGUCUCUAGGUGUGAGGUGGAUAUGGUAGAAAUUAAGCGGGAGUACCAAGCCAAAUAUGGAGAAUCUCUUGCUGAUGCUAUUAAGGGUGAUUGUUCUGGAGAUUAUAAAAAGUGUCUUUUAGCUUUAAUUGGUGAAAGCUAAGUUUGGUUCAAAUUAUUAUACACUGUUUUUUGAUGUUAUAUUGUAGAGUUACUUCAAAACUUCUUAUACAAAAGUAUUGGUGUUAUUAUAAACAUUUUUGCCGUUAUCAAUUUAUUUUUUAUAUACCACUUCAAAUAUAAAUAUUAAUUUUGUUGUUUUAAAUAUUUAAUUUUUAAUGUUAUUUUAUAAAGUCAAAGAAUUAAUAAUAUUAUACUAAAGUAUUGUAUUUUAAUAAACAUGUACUAUUUCCAUACUUAUACA